CCCCUUUUCUUUAUACACACCUGUCUCCCACACGGCUUUUACAAACUGAACCAGGAAGUGUGAGCUGCUGUCACUGACUGAGAGUGUUUGGUUUUCAGUAAAAUGGCAGAAGCGAAUAUUUUCGUUGCUCAGGAUCAUUUCAGCUGUCCAAUCUGUCUGGAUCUACUCAGGGAUCCAGUAACUCUUUUGUGUGGACACAGUUACUGUAUGCUCUGUAUUAAUGGCUGCUGGGAUCAGGAGGAUCAGCAGGGAGUCUAUAGCUGUCCUCAGUGUAGACAAACCUUCACUCAGAGACCUGUUGUGAGUAAAAACACCAUGCUGGCUGAUGUAGUGGAGAUACUGAGGAAGACAGGACUCCAAGUUACAUGUCCUGCUCAGUGUUCAGCUGGACCUGAAGAUGUGGAGUGUGAUUUCUGUAUUGAGAGUAAAUGCAAAGCCAUCAAGUCCUGCCUGGUGUGUCUGGCCUCUUUCUGUGAAACUCAUCUCCAGCCUCACUAUGAAUCUCCUGCCUUUAAGAAGCACAAGCUGGUCGAAGCCUCCAGAAGACUCCAAGAUCAGAUCUGUUCUCAGCAUGACAAACUGCUGGAGUUUUACUGUCACACUGACCGGCAUUGUAUCUGCAUGUUGUGUAUGAUAGAUAAACAUAAAAAACAUAAUACAGUAUCAGCUGCGGCAGGACAAGCUGAGAAACAGAAGCAGUUGUUGGUGGUGCAGGGAAAAUACCAGAAGAGAAUCCAGGAAAGAGAGAAAGAGCUUCAACAGCUAACAAAAGCUGUGGAGUCUCACAAGCGCUCUGCUCAAACGGCAGUGCAGGAAAGUGAGAAGACAUUUACUGAUCUGAUCAAAACACUUGAGAGAAGACGCUCUGAGGUGACAGCACUGAUCAGAGCUCAGGAGAAAGCUGCAGUGAGCCAAGCUGAAGAAGUCAUGAAGCAACUGGAGGAGGAGAUUGUAGAGCUGAAGAGGAGAAAUGCUGAGAUGGAGGAGUUUUCAAAUGUCGAGGAUCCCAUUUAUUUUCUCCAGAACUUCCAGGCCAUUUCAGCUCCUCUUCGACAUGCAGACUUACCCACCAUCACAGUGAAUUCUCUCCAAACGUUUGAAGAUGUAAUAAAAUCUGUGUCUCAAUUGAGAAAGACGCUAGAAAACCACUACAAAGAGAGGACUGAGAAGAUGUCAAGUCAAGUGAAGAAAGUUCGAGUGAUUCCCCCUCAAAGCAGAGAAGAGUUUUUAGACUAUUCUGUUCAGUUCACACUGGAUCCCAAUACAGCAAAUUUGUACCUCAGUCUGUCUGAUGGGAACACAGUGGUGACUAACUGUUCAUCAUUAGUGACAUACUGUAGUUCUCCAGAGAGUUUUGACUGUUACUCCCAGGUGUUGUGUAGUGAGAGUGUGUCUGGAUACUCUUACUGGGAGGUGGAGUGGAGUGGGGUUAAUGGGGUUCAUAUAGCAGUGUCUUAUAAAAACAUCAGCAGGAAGGGAAGCAGUAAUGAAUGUGCGUUUGGACGUAAUGAUAAGUCCUGGAGUUUGCUUUGCCAAUCAUCUCGUUACUCAUUCUUACACAACAACCAAGAAACUAAAAUCCACAUGAGCUCCAUCCCCUCUAGGAUAGGAGUGUUUGUGGAUCACAAGGCAGGAAUUCUGUCUUUCUACAGCGUCUCUGACACGAUGAAGCUCCUCCACAAAACCAAGAGCAAAUUCACUCAGCCUCUUUAUCCAGGGUUCAUGGUCAGUUCCAAGUCGACUGUAAAGCUAUGCCGUCCUAAAUAGAUUUUUUACGGAGAUUACACAAAGUUAUGAACAGUCACCAGGCUUUCCUUUUUGUUUCUCUAUUUUUGAGUAACAACUUUACUUCUCCGCCUUGUGUGUGUGAAGUUUGCAUGUUCUCCCUGUGCCCCGGGGGUUUCCUCCGGGUACUCCGAUUUCCUCCCCCGGUCCAAAGACAUGCAUGGUAGGUUGAUUGGCAU